AUGCCUUACUUUUAUGGGGAAGGUAUCAGCGGGCAGGAGGAGGAAGUCAGCGUUUACCUAGGUGUCUGCAGAAAUGGCUGGUUUCUUGAUGAUGUUGUAAUCAAGGAUCCCACAACAGACCGCGAAUAUGCCUUCUUCUGUCACAGUGCUCAGUGUAAGUGUAAAGCCACAAUAUUCCUGAUCUAUUUUUCUUUCCAUAGAUGGCUGGAUCAAGGGGAAGAUGAUGGUAAAAUUGCCAGAGAACUGUAUGCCAGGGAUAACAGUAUCAUUUUUGGGCGGCAGAAGUUAGAACUUAGUAGAAAAGAAACAUGGGCUGCAGAAAGAUGGAAGUUUAUGAAAGGAAAUACUCUUCAAUUCUACAACAAGCUCACUGGAGGGUUUGUCCGUCUGCAUCCAGAUGGCACAGUUGAUGCACUUGGAGAGAAGACAGACAAAUGCGGUCUCUUUGAUGUUAUUUUCAACAAAGGAAAUAUGUGCAUUUUCCAGAGUCAUGUAAUCAGGCAUCUUUCUCUUGCUGUUGACAACAGCACUGUCACCGGAAUGGCUAGUGGUGGAGCCUGCACUGAGCUGCGAGUGCUUUAUCAGCCCAACCGUUGUGCACUUCUUGAGUCAGCAUUGGUUCCUGGUCAAACGGUUAUUUUUGAUCGUCAUGGCAAAAUAGCUGCUGAAUCAUCAGCAGGCUACGCAGACCUUUCAAAAGAAUUUGUGGUUUUUGUCAAGGGCGUGUUCCUGAACAGUGCUGUGGUCCUACUUGCUACGAGUCUGUGCCAAGCCCUGUGUCUCCAGCCUGAUGGGAGCUGCACUGGAGUGGGAAGCCAGUCUGAGAAAUCCUACUGGAAAGUGCAUAAAAUCAGCUCUGGUAUUUGCAUGUUUGAAAGUGUGAAAAAUGCAGGGAUGUAUCUGAGGAUUAAGGAUGGCCAGUGUGAUGGAACAGGUACAGGAGAUACUGACUGUCAUUUUAAAAUUAAGAAGAACUUGGAAAAUGCAUCUGUAAGCCUGGAAUCUACGAAAAGCCCGGGGUUAUUUGUUGGACUUGAGUCAGAUGGACAGGCAAAACCAGCUAUUUAUACCAAGAAUGGGAAUGUUUUCUUCUAUCCACAAGUCGUCAAAUUUGGCAGAGAAAACCCAAUGGGUAUGUCAGCAACACCCAGCCAAGAGGAGGAAAAGAUCCAUGAGACAAAAAAUCGGCAAGAAACACCAGCAGCAUUUGAGGCCAAGUGUUCCUUACUUUCUUCAACUGCAAAGAGUAACAGAAAAUAGAUGUCUCUUGCUGACAACCUUAUGAUGCUAUCACAUCAAGCAGAGGGAAGAGAAAUUAGCCUUUCGAUUCUUGCUGUUGGAACAGGCCCAGUUUUAUAUUUCCGUGUUGUAUCAUGAAUCCCUGGAACAGUGUGACAAAUCUCACACUGCAUGAGAAACAUGUGCUUAGUUAAAAUUUUUCACAGAAGGAAAACUCAAUCUUGUGUCAGGAAGUAAUGGCACCUAAAUCUGGGAUGGCCACCUCAAGUAAAAUUUGACUUGGUUGAAAAUAACAUACUAGCUGAAAUCCCUAGAAAUAGAUACUUUUUUUAUGAGUAACAAAAUGCUGAAGAGGAAAACUUCUAUAUCUUAUGAAUUUGUCUCUUCUGGCAGAAACAUCUUUGAAAUGUUACCGUUGUUAAAUGUUUUUAAAUUUAAGGUGUACCAUAUGUUGAUUUAAUAUUUUUAUAUAUCGCACUAUGCAAUAGAUAUAUAAUACAUGCAAUAUGCAACAGUGCACCUCCAUCACAUUGUGUAAUUGUAUGUUUCUUUUUUGUAAUGAGAAUAAGUGAGAUCUAGUGUAUUCAUAAUUUUAGUGUUUAUAACACAAUAUUGUCACCUAUAGUCACUAUACCUUAGAUCUUCAUGUCUUAUUUACAUACUAGUUGCAAAUUUGUAUCCUUGAACAUCUCUUCUGUUCCCACCCCUGAACUCCAAGCCCUUGGUAACUACCAUUUUACUUUCUGUUUUUAUAACUUUAGCCUUUUUUUAGUUUCCACAUAUACAGGAUCUCAGAAAGUAUUUAUCUUUGUCUGACUUAUCUCACUUGGCAUAAUUUUCUCAAGGUCUAUCCAUGUUGUUGCAAACGGAAGGAUUUCCUUCUUAUGGCUUUCACAUCUUCCUUACCCGUUGAAAUGCUGCUGG